AUGGGAAAAUUCACAUUCAAGUGGCCCAACAAUGCGAGCGAAGUGUUCGUGACAGGCACUUUCGAUGAUUGGGGUAAGACGGUGAAACUGGACCGGGUAGGCGACAUCUUUGUCAAGGAGGUGUCUCUGGCACCUGAGAAAACCCUUUACAAGUUCGUCGUCGACGGUACUUGGACCACAGAUAGUAGUGUGCGACAGGAGAACGACGGCCACAACAACUUCAACAACGUCCUCCUACCUGAAGAGAUCGUUGACUCCACCGACGCCCCGAUGUCUGGCGUCACUCCAGAUUCCACUACCGCGGCACUUGCUGCCAAUGUGCCCAAGGAGCCAAAUGGCAACCUGCCUGGCACCUUCCCUGACACUCCCGGCCAGGAGACUGAGCAGACCUUGUCGGUGGAUCCCAUCCCCGCAUCAGGCGGCUAUGGCAACCCCGUCAAGCUGGCGCCUGGCGAAAAGGUCCCUCACUCGAGCGAGCUCCACAACAACACUGUGGACUCCACUGUGAACCUGGACAAGGAGUCAUACGAGAAGGGCCAGACUCUUCCUGUUGGCGGAAACCCAACCAACACGUCUGACGCCAACACUUCGGACGGCAGCGCUUUCGCAUUCACCAUUCCUCCCGUCACGAAGAACAUGAUACCCGAAUCCAGUCUUCCCAUCGGGGGCCCUGCGCAAAGGGCAGCUGCUAAUGACAAUGAGCCCACCUACUCCGGUGGUCCCGCCCAGCAGGCAGCAGCGGCUGACCCUGGAUACACCAUCCAAUCUGCCGCUCCCACCUCUACCACGGCUGCAUUGGCUGCCGACGUUCCUCUGGAGUCGAAGGGCAAGCAGACUAACGGCAACAAGCCUGUUGAGGAGGUCCCCGAAGUGGUGAAGGACUCUCUCGCCGAGGCCCACCAGGACCCCGAGGCUGCUGCGAACCAGGAUGCAGUCGACGAGAAGAAGAGAUUCGAGCAGGAACUUCACAAGAAGGUCGAUGUCGAGGAGUCUGCAGGCGCCCCGGCACCAACUGUGACUGCGGCCACCCAGCCCUUCGCCCCUCACCUGACUCUUGCUAGUGGUUUUGACUCGUCAGAUGUGUCGCCGACUUCAACGCCUCCCCCUGGUCGCAAUGCUGCUGCCGCCGCCGCUCCCACCUCGGCACCCAAGACCGAGCCCAGUGGCCCAACUGUGACCACUGGUGUGGAAUCUGCCCCGACUGAUGAGACUACCACCGCCAAACCUGCCGGUCCCACAGUGACGACUGGACCUGAGACUACCAAGGCACCCGAGACCUCAACCCCCAAGCCCGCGCAAGAGUCCAAGCAGUCUCCCAGUACUGAGGGUGCUUCUACUAACGGCGACAAGAAGAAGAAGCGUCUGAGUGGCUUCAUCCACAAGCUCAAGGAGAAGUUCAAAUAA